AAAUCUAAUGGUGAUUUUAUUUAGAAAGCAAAAUUAUUAUGAAACAUAAACUGAAAAUUAACUUUCAUUUGGCCAAGGUUCACAACAUGAAUGGGGUAAAAUGAAUAGAGCUAGGGUUUUGCAUCAAAAUUAUUGAUAGAAUUCAAAAUUAUUGGAGUAUGAUUCAUGGUGUUAUUAAUUAGAUCCUAGAUUUAAGAUGUGAUUAGUCAAGUUAAUUAAUUUCUUGAAUAUUUAUGAACCUUGCUAAAUUGUUAAAAUUAAAGAUGUUGAUCAAGAUUUGUGUAACGUGCGGGUUAAACAAAAAAUGGAUUGAAAAGUGUUCUAUUUAAAAGAACUAAAAAUAUUGGGUUGAAAUUAAAUGAAUUAUGACUAAAAAGAAUUUUCUAAAAUUCUUAAGUUACAAAUCAAAUUCAUAAGUAAAUUGGUGAAUUAUAUAUAUUUUUCUCUUCAUAUUAUCAAAGAACUUCAUAAUUAUACAUGAAGAUAGAAACUUAGCAACUUCAAUUCUAAAGUUAAUUAACUCUUUCCACUUAAAUUAUCCGAGAAAUCCCAAAUUACCCAACGAACUUUCCAACGGUUAAUAUAAAUGAGUUUGGUUUGAUUCCCUUUCAUCAGCUGAGGGAAGAAGAAUCUAAGGAUGAGCUCAAUCUCCACCUCACACCUCCCUUCUCCUUUCAAACCAGUGGAUUUCUCGGCAGAGAAGAACAUUCCCACAUCAAAACUUCCACAAAAAACUGUUUUGAAGCUUUUCGACUCAAAAUCCAUCACUUCUUUGCAAUAUCUCACCCAACUUCAUGGCCUUGUAUUGCGUAGUGGUCAUUUCCAAGACCAUUACGUCUCCGGCGCGUUGCUCAAGUGUUAUGCAAAUCCCCAUUUCAGCAAUUUUGACUUUGCUUUGAAGGUAUUCUCCUCAAUCCCAAAUCCCAACGUUUUCAUUUGGAAUAUUGUGAUUAAAGGGUGUUUAGAGAACAACAAACUGUUUAAAGCUAUUUACUUCUAUGGUAGGAUGGUUAUUGAUGCUAGGCCCAAUAAAUUCACGUACCCAACUUUGUUUAAAGCUUGUUCUGUGGCACAAGCUGUACAAGAAGGGAGGCAAAUUCAUGGUCAUGUGGUGAAACAUGGGAUUGGUAGUGACGUGCAUAUCAAAAGUGCUGGAAUUCACAUGUAUGCCUCUUUUGGUAGAUUAGAGGAUGCAAGGAAAAUGUUUUACAGUGGGGAGUCCGAUGUUGUCUGUUGGAAUACAAUGAUUGAUGGGUACCUGAAAUGUGGGGUUCUUGAAGCUGCUAAAGGGUUGUUUGCUCAAAUGCCAGUAAAAAAUAUUGGCUCAUGGAAUGUGAUGAUCAAUGGUUUAGCUAAGGGUGGGAAUUUGGGAGAUGCAAGGAAGUUGUUCGAUGAAAUGAGUGAAAGAGACGAAAUUUCUUGGAGUUCUAUGGUAGAUGGUUACAUAUCAGCAGGUCGUUACAAAGAAGCAUUAGAGAUUUUCCAGCAAAUGCAAAGAGAGGAGACCAGGCCUGGAAGGUUCAUUUUGUCUAGUGUUCUAGCUGCUUGUUCAAAUAUUGGAGCCAUUGAUCAAGGGAGAUGGGUUCAUGCUUAUCUCAAGAGGAACUCCAUUAAAUUGGAUGCAGUGUUGGGGACUGCCUUAUUGGAUAUGUAUGCAAAAUGUGGUAGGCUGGACAUGGGAUGGGAGGUAUUUGAAGAAAUGAAAGAAAGAGAGAUCUUCACUUGGAAUGCCAUGAUUGGUGGGCUUGCUAUACAUGGAAGAGCAGAGGAUGCACUUGAGCUUUUCUCUAAGUUGCAGGAGGGGAGGAUGAAACCGAAUGGAAUCACACUGGUUGGUGUUCUUACUGCUUGUGCUCAUGCAGGUUUUGUUGACAAAGGCCUGAGAAUUUUCCAAACAAUGAGAGAGUUUUAUGGUGUUGAUCCUGAACUGGAACAUUAUGGAUGUAUGGUUGAUUUGCUAGGGAGGUCAGGGUUGUUUUCUGAAGCUGAGGAUUUGAUAAACUCAAUGCCAAUGAAACCCAAUGCAGCUGUUUGGGGAGCGCUCUUGGGUGCCUGCAGGAUUCAUGGAAAUUUCGAUUUGGCUGAAAGAGUGGGGAAGAUUUUGCUCGAAUUAGAGCCACAGAACAGUGGCCGGUAUGUGUUACUGUCAAAUAUAUAUGCAAAAGUAGGGAGGUUUGAUGAUGUUUCUAAAAUUAGAAAGUUGAUGAAGGAUAGGGGGAUAAAAACAGUGCCUGGUGUCAGCAUAGUUGAUUUAAAUGGUACAGUUCAUGAAUUCAAAAUGGGCGACGGAUCACAUCCACAAAUGAAAGAAAUUUAUAGGAAGCUAAAAAUAAUAAAAGAGAGGCUACAGAUGGCAGGACAUUCACCUGAUACAUCUCAAGUUUUAUUUGAUAUUGAUGAGGAAGAGAAGGAAACUGCAGUUAAUUACCAUAGUGAAAAGCUUGCAAUUGCUUUUGGAUUGAUUAAUACCUUGCCAGGUAAACGCAUACACAUAGUGAAGAACUUGAGGGUUUGUGACGAUUGUCAUUCAGCUACAAAGCUUAUUUCUCAAAUUUUUGAUCGAGAAAUAAUUGUGAGGGACCGUGUUCGUUAUCACCAUUUCAAAAAUGGAACUUGUUCAUGUAAAGAUUUUUGGUGAUCUAUGCUCUUCAAAAGGUGUACAUACUCAAUAUAUUGAGAAAGCAUCUUAAGCAAUAGAAGGCUAUAGUUGACAACUAAAAAUGCGAACCUAGUCAAGAUCAGUAGAAUAUAGGAAACCCGUGGAAUCAAGCUCUGAACGAUAAGGAGUUAUCCAGCUGACGGUUCAGAACUUCCCAAGUGCGUAAGGCUCAUUAGAGACAGGGCAGAGUACUAUACGUGCUCAUAAAUAUGGAGUGAAUGCUGUCUAUGAACUUUAGAGAUAGGGAAAUACAACAUGCUUCUUCUCCUCCUUCUCUUGUAGGCUGUAGCAUGGUCAUUUUACGAACGGUUUAGGUGCUACAAUAUUACACCACUAACGAGCACCGAUCCCGACCCUUACGUUAUUUUUCUGGAUCAUAGUGUAUGCAAAAGAUAGGAUGCCAAACUUAUUAGCCCACAAUCAUUGAGCUAAAGCUGUGCAAGAUAAAAAGAAAAGAAUUAAACCCAAUGAAGACAAGUUUUGGCACAAAAA